AUGCUAUGCAACCUUCAGUGCCUCUGCCUGGUAAGUCCUUCCCUCUCCCUCCCCCCCACCCCCCCUCCUCACCAAGGAAGCUUCUACUACCUCAUCCCCAUUCACCAUUGCCUCACUUUUUCUCUUUUUGGUAGGUCAGUGAACAAUUUCCUGAUAACAGGUCCCAAGGCCUAUCUGACCUACACCACCAGUGUGGCCCUGGGUGCCCAGAGUGGCAUUGAGGAGUGUAAAUUCCAAUUUGCUUGGGAACGCUGGAACUGCCCUGAAAAUGCUCUCCAGCUUUCCACUCACAACAGGCUGAGAAGUGCCACCAGGGAGACUUCCUUCAUUCAUGCUAUCAGCUCUGCUGGAGUCAUGUACACCAUCACCAAGAACUGUAGCAUGGGUGACUUUGAAAACUGUGGCUGUGAUGAGUCAAAAAAUGGAAAAACAGGAGGCCAUGGCUGGAUCUGGGGAGGAUGCAGCGACAAUGUAGAGUUUGGGGAAAGAAUCUCCAAACUCUUCGUGGACAGUCUGGAGAAGGGGAAGGAUGCCAGAGCCCUGAUGAAUCUUCAUAACAACAGGGCAGGCAGGCUGGCAGUGAGAGCCACCAUGAAAAGGACUUGCAAAUGUCAUGGCAUCUCGGGGAGCUGUAGCAUCCAGACAUGCUGGCUGCAGCUGGCUAACUUCCGGGAGAUGGGCAACUACCUAAAGGCCAAGUAUGACCGGGCACUGAAAAUUGAGAUGGAUAAGAGGCGGCUAAGGGCUGGGAACAGUGCUGAGGGCCACUGGGCACCCACUGAGGCCUUCCUUCCUAGCGCAGAAGCUGAGCUGAUCUUUUUAGAGGAAUCGCCUGAUUACUGUACCCGCAAUUCCAGCUUGGGCAUCUAUGGCACAGAGGGUCGGGAGUGUCUGCAGAACAGCCACAAUACAUCCAGGUGGGAGCAAUGCAGCUGCGGGCGCUUGUGUACAGAGUGUGGCCUGCAGGUGGAAGAGAAGAGAACUGAGGCUAUAAGCAGCUGUAACUGCAAAUUCCAGUGGUGCUGCACAGUCAAGUGUGACCAGUGUAGGCAUGUGGUGAGCAAGUACUACUGCACGCGCUCCCCAGGCAGUGCUUGGUCCCAGGGCAAGGGCAGCACACGAUAG